AUGCUGCUGGUGAUGCUGCUGGGAGACAGCCCGAUUAUGCUGACCGGUGCCUCAGCGGAACAUCGUAACAUGUCACACACGAAAGACUGUGCUCGAUUUCACGAGCAGUGCGUCCGCUGCACGGAAACCGGCUGCAUCAAGUGCACGGAAGUGUUGCGCAUCGACACCGGCGAAUGUCUGUCCGAGUGUCCUUCCGGAUACGGUGCCCAAUGGUCGACGAACAACGAGAUCAUGGGCCGCGUUUGUCACCCGGUGGGAAUGUCCGGAUCGUUCCUGGCCGCCAUCGUCGGCAUUGUGGCCGGUGCGAUCCUCUGUGUGUUGCUUAUCGUCGGUGCCCUGGCCGUGUUGCGAAGGCGUCAAAAGCGCAAGAAGUACCGGGAAUCGUUUAUCGACGAAAACAUCGAUCGGCUCGAGUUCCUGCGGCAGCUGGAUGAGCUGCGACCACAGGCCGAGUACUUCCUGCAGAUGCUGAAUGACACCCGGCGCCAGAUCCGGAAGCUUCACCUGGCGGGUGAUAGUGCCGGAGCGGCCACGUACCAUCCGGUGGUGCGUGAUCUUGCCAAGAUACUGAUUCUACUGAACAAGCCGAUCGAACUGAUCAACGCUCCACCGCACGACUGGCAACGGUUGUACGUUUGGGCCGAACGUGUGCUCGAUCGGUACAAGCCGGAACUGGCUCAAUUGAUCGAGUUCCUGCAGCAACCGUCGGCGUCGGAUCCGCGGCUUGGUUCGUCCGACCAUUCUACGUUCAAGGCGUCUUUCCAGCAGCAGGACCAUGCGCUCGGGUCGGACCUUUCGCCGAGCUUGAGCCAAAAGAACGAGCGCAAUCUGUUGCAGCCAGAGCUGAUUCAGUUGCAGAAACACCGGACGCUGCCGACGAUGCAGACAACGCAUCACUUCCUUGGGUCGCUGAUUAGCCUGCAUGAGUUUGAUGAGCGGUCAUCGCACACGACCGAUACGAGCUCAAACCACCACUCGACGGGCGGUGGGAUUGGGGGUGGUGGCAACAACCCAUUCGACGAUACGUUCGAUCACGUCCGCACGUACCUGUCCACAUCCGGCAUGAAUGACAGCUCGCUCUGGUUGCAGGACGAGUUCUUCAAGCUGGGCUUUCGGCCGCAGGACGAAAUCACGACCGAACUGUGACCGGGGGAUCGUCGUCGCCCCAUCGCCACCAUUCCAGUGCAACGAGGCAGCAGGGAUGCAGUUUGAUUUGCGAGUAGAGUAUUGCAAAGGGUGCUACCCGAUCGCCAGCGAGAUCGCAGGGACCGCAACUAGUCAGUAUCGAGCGGUGCUGGAUCACUAAAGAGCGCUCUUCGGUUGUAACGCAGGCGCCGAAGGAUACGCAGCCGCCCGGGAAAGGGCGAUUAUUAGUUUGUAAGAGCAGUAACGAACCCGAUGGCAAUAGUUGGGAAGAAAAAGCUCACGUUCAAUGAGACACCGACGAUGGAGAGCACUAUUUAUGCUCCUUUUCUUCGCCAAAGAAGCACUCCAGAGCCGCCACAACGUUCGUAAUGGGAGGUUCUACUGACCGAUUUCUUCUUCAGCGCAAUGCCGAGCAAGCGUUUAUGUUUAGUGUAAUUUAAAAUCUGCAAUCGGAUAAUUCCCCAGGCCACGUGUACACGCGGUACACGAUGCACAAAAAGCGCAAUAGUUAUUAGCAUGUAAAUCGUCUGCAAUCGCCCACGGAAAAUAGGGGCAUAAUGAAGCUAUUUUUUACAACGAUCGGAGACGAACGAAUCGAUAUAGU